AUGAUAUCUUUGCCCGAAGCUUCGCUUUUAGCGUUGUUCCUGGAGACUUUGUUUUACGGCGUGUUCUUCACUUGUUACUGGUUGACCCUGGGCAUACUGCUCAAGAAGUAUGGUAUUCAACGGGACCUCCUUCUCCCGGUAGCAACCUUGCUGCUUUGCAUUGCAACGGCUCAUCUAAUUAUCGAUUUCGUUCGAGCGCUAGAGGCGUUCGUUCUCAACGUGGAUACAAUCGGCGCGGAUGCCUACUACUCCAACCUCGCUUCACCGUUAGGACUCGCAAAAACCGCACUUUACGUCACGCAGCCCACUGUCGCUGAUAGUGUCCUUGUUUGGCGAUGCUAUGUGCUCAACAAUAGAAGCCUCUUGGUCGGCAUUCCUGGUUGUAUUGUGCUGUUGGCCAAUGGAGCGAUUGGGUACUAUAUUGUCUGGUGCCUUUCUCGAACUGUCGCAGGGACGAGUAUUUAUACCACCAUUCCUGGGUUGAUCACAACUUUCUACAUAUUGACCAUGCUUAUCAGUAUCGUUUGCACUACUCAUGAUGACCAGGAUAUGACAGCUUUGAUUUCCUGGCGCAUCUGGCGCAGUCGCCGUUCCAUCUCAGGCGGCUCCGCUGAUCUUUUACCCGUGAUGAUCGUCAUUGUCGAAGGCGGUGCUAUAUAUGCUACCAGUGUCCUGGCACUCCUUCUAGCAUUCUUGACGGGAUCAAACGGUGAAUACCCCGCGAUGGAUAUUGGCCCUCCUGUUGUGGGAAUCGUAUUCUGCCUCAUCAUCCUGCAAGUACACUUCUGUGUGGGUAACAACCCCCAACCCCACAGCCCAUCAAAAUCCUUCACCAAUCUCUUUGGAGAACAAGGAGAGCAGAACGUGGGCUAUGGCAUAGAACAGAUGAUUGAGGAGACAGAUCGUUCAGUUUGA